AUGGAAAUGAAAAUUCUAUUUAUUAUUUUAUUGAUUUCAAUUAGUUAUGGUCAAAGACCUUAUUUAGGUUCCUGUCCCAAUGUUAGAUCCGCUAAAAAUGUUAAAAUUGAUAAAUUUUUAGGUAAAUGGUAUGAAAUCGAAAGAUCUUUUUACAUUUACGAAAUUCCAACAAGUUGCACGACUGUCGAUAUCAGUAGACCGGAUAACGUAACAAAAGAAUUAAAAAUUUCCAUAAAAACAUUUAACAGAUGGACUGGAAGAUCGAUCGAUAACAUCGGUAGAGCAACUCCAAAAGGUGACGGAAGUGCCGUAUUGGAUUAUCGCGUUAAUUCGAACCUCCCGGAUUUUAUAGCUAGAUUAUUACCAGGUGUCGGGAGGUAUACACUUUUGGCAACGGAUCACGAUAAUUUUGCCGUUAUAUACACGUGUUCGGAUUUAAGACUUUUACACGCUGACACGGUUUGGAUUUUAGGAAGGAAACCGGAAAUCCCACCGAUAUCAAGAGCUCAAGCUUAUGACGUCAUUACAAGAAACGGUUUGGGUACGGAUCAUUUACAUAAAUCAAAUAGAAAAGAUUGUCAAGAACUUUAA